GUUUGUCAUUGACGGAGCCACAGCUCUCUGGUGCGCGGCAGGAGCCGGCCACUUUGAAGUCGUCAAAUUGCUGGUGAGUCACGGCGCCAACGUGAAUCACACAACGGUGACCAACUCGACUCCCCUGAGGGCCGCGUGUUUCGACGGCAGGCUGGACAUUGUGAAAUACCUGGUGGAAAACAACGCCAACAUCAGCAUCGCCAACAAGUACGACAACACUUGCCUUAUGAUCGCGGCUUACAAAGGCCACACGGACGUGGUGAGGUACCUCCUGGAGCAGCAUGCCGAUCCCAACGCCAAAGCCCACUGCGGUGCCACGGCGUUGCACUUUGCGGCCGAAGCUGGCCACCUGGAAAUAGUGAGGGAGCUGGUCAAGUGGAAGGCGGCGAUGAUGGUCAACGGCCACGGGAUGACGCCGCUGAAAGUCGCCGCCGAGAGCUGCAAAGCCGACGUUGUGGAGCUGCUCCUUGCUCACGCCGACUGCGACAGGAGAAGCCGCAUUGAAGCUCUGGAACUUCUGGGUGCCUCGUUUGCAAAUGACAGAGAAAAUUAUGAUAUCAUGAAGACUUACCACUAUUUAUAUUUAGCGAUGCUGGAGAGGUACCGAGACAGCGAGAAUAUCAUUGAAAAAGAAGUUCUUCCCCAAAUUGAAGCUUAUGGCAACAGGACUGAGUGCAGGACUCCUCAGGAAUUAGAGUCGAUCAGGCAGGACAGAGAUGCCCUGCACAUGGAAGGCCUCAUUGUGCGAGAAAGGAUUCUGGGCUCGGACAAUAUCGAUGUUUCUCACCCCAUCAUUUACCGCGGGGCUGUUUAUGCGGAUAACAUGGAGUUUGAGCAGUGUAUUAAGCUGUGGCUCCACGCGUUGCAUCUAAGGCAGAAAGGCAACAGGAACACUCAUAAGGACCUCCUGAGGUUUGCUCAAGUCUUUUCUCAGAUGAUACACUUGAACGAGCCCGUUAAGGCCAAGGACAUCGAGAGCGUUCUGAGGUGCAGCGUCUUGGAAAUAGAACAAGGCAUGUCCCGGAUCAAAACCACCCAAGACUCUGACAUCCACACAGCCCUGGACAACCACGAAUGCAAUAUUUUUACCUUUCUCUAUUUAGUCUGCAUCUCUACCAAGACCCAGUGCAGCGAAGAGGACCAGUCGCGAAUCAACAAACAGAUUUACAACCUGAUCCACCUCGACCCCAGAACUCGCGACGGCUCCAGUUUGCUGCAUCACGCCGUCAAUUCCAGUACGCCGGUCGAUGACUUCCACACCAAUGACGUCUGCAGCUUUCCCAACGCGCUUGUCACCAAACUCUUGCUGGAUUGUGGUGCUGACGUCAACGCCGUGGACAACGAAGGGAACAGUCCGCUCCACAUCAUAGUCCAGUACCACCGGCCCAUCAGUGACUUCUUGACGUUGCAUUCCAUCAUCAUUAGCCUGGUGGAGGCUGGUGCUCACACAGACAUGACGAACAAGCAGAAGAAAACCCCUCUGGAUAAAAGUACCACAGGGGUGUCUGAAAUACUCCUUAAAACUCAAAUGAAGCUGAGUCUCAAGUGCCUGGCUGCCCGAGCAGUACGGAUCUAUAACAUCAGCUACCAAAACCAGAUCCCCAGAACUCUGGAGGAAUUUGUCAAGUUUCACUAG